AUGGCGCGCAGGGCGCCGUCCCAGCCCGCCCGGAAAUGUUUCACGGAGCUCAAAACGUGGCACACGCGUGCUACUGACCAAUGGUGGGAGGGUCACCUCAUCGGUCUCAAUUGGCAGGCGAACGAAGCGAUUGAGACGCGGCGCUGGAAGCCGCCAGCGGACGGGGCUGAUCGCACGGGGGCCAAGGGCGACAAGGGCGGCACGGUCGGCAAGGGCGGCGCUGUCAGCAAGGGCGACACGGUCAUCAAGGGCGGCACAGUCCGCAAGGGCGGCACGGUCGACAAGGGCGGCGCUACCAGCAAGGGCGGCACGGUCAGCAAGGGCGGCACGGCCAGCAAGGGCGGCACGGCCCGCAAGGGCGACAAGCGCGGCACGGUCCGCAAGGGCGACAAGGGCGGCACGGUCGGCAAGGGCGGCGCUGUCAGCAAGGGCGGCACGGUCGACAAGGGCGGCGCUACCAGCAAGGGCGGCACGGUCAGCAAGGGCGGCACGGCCAGCAAGGGCGGCACGGUCCGCAAGGGCGACAAGCGCGGCACGGUCCGCAAGGGCGACAAGCGCGUCACGGGCGCCGAGACGGGCCUGUGGAAGUCGAUCCCCGCGGCGGCGUACAUCGAGAAGGGCUUCGGGUCCGACUUGCCAGAGCGUGGCGCGCUCGAAUUAUUGGCCACGAAGCUGCGCGUUGCA